ACAACCUUCAAGGGUCAUUGCCCAACUUGUUCUUCGAUAAUGCAAGAUGGAGGAGAAACCAGCAAGCUCUUGAGGUCUUCAAUGGCUGCUUCGAUUUCUGUAACUGGGUUUAAAGGGGGUUUCUCUCAUUCUUCCCAUGGAAGUUGGAAAACAUCUAUGGCGGGUGAAGAUUACAGCAUGCUGGCCAUGUCUGUGCCGACCACCCUUGUUGGAGUUGGAAGGCCAGUGAGAGCUGUGCCAAUGAUGAAGAAUGUCAAUGAAGGGAAGGGUCUUUUCGCUCCGGCGGUUGUUCUUGCUCGGAAUAUUAUUGGCAGGAAGAGGUUUAACCAGCUUAGAGGCAAAGCAAUUGCUUUACACUCGCAGGUAAUUACCGAAUUCUGCAAAUCAAUAGGGGCAGAUCCGAAACUUCGACAAGGAUUGAUUCGGUUGGCAAAGAAGAAUGGAGAGAGACUUGGAUUCCUUGCAUGA